AUGGUCGAAACCAGACGUGGUUCUUCUUCUUCCAAACGCUCUCUCUCUUCUCCUUCCCCUUCCAACGCCAAACGAUCCAAGGUUUCGGAGGAUGCUUCGUCUAACCCUUUGCCCUCUGUUCCCGUCAAGGAAUCUGUAACUGGUAACGAAUCUGGUGAACCUGAGAUACAGCGCUCUGAUCUAUCGGAAACGGCGUCGUUGAAGGUUGUUGAUGGGGAUAACAAUAAGCCUCCUUCUGUGCCAAUUGAAACUGAUCCUUUGGUGUCCUCUCAGUGUCCAGGUGAAACUGGAGAGAAAGCUAAGGCGGUGCAGCCGCUGGUUUCUUGUCGGAAGAAACGUACCGUGGCGAAACCGAUUCAUAAGGCUGCUGCGUGGGGGAAGCUUAUAUCUCAAUGUUCUCAGACUCCUCACUUGUCCAUUAGUGAUCCAAUCUUCACAGUUGGUCAAGGCCGUCAGAGUAAUUUGACGCUCAAGGAUCCUACCAUCGGUAAUGUUUUGUGCAAGUUGAGCCACAUAGAGCAACAUGGAGGUUCAUCAGUUGCCCUACUGGAAAUCACAGGGGGUAAAGGUGUUGUUCAAGUCAAUGGCAAGACUUACCGAAGGAAUGCCCGGCUGAUUUUGAAUGGAGGCGAUGAGGUGAUAUUUGGUGCUUCGGGAAAACAUGCUUAUAUCUUUCAACAGCUAAAAAGUAAUAAUGUUUCUACUGCUGGUAUACCUCCCGUGGGUAUUUUAGAAGCCCAUGGUGCUUCAAUGAAUGGGAUGCAAGUUGAAGCUAGAUCUGGAGACCCUUCGGAUGUUGCAGGAGCAUCAAUAUUGGCCUCUCUAUCUAAUAUUCCCAAGGAUUUAUCUCUCGUUUCACCUCCAGCUAAAACAUGCAAGAAACAAAAUUCUGAUAUUUCAUCACUGCCCUCUGGCAAUGGGGAUAAUGUUCCGGACAAUGAAAGGAAAGAUGCCACCAAUAAUGAUGAAUCGACUGGAGUUAUUUCUUCUGGCAAAGCUGUUCUUGCAUCCUCUACCAAUGUUAAUGAAAAUCCUAACCUUGACGCCAUGGAUGUUGAUGCCAAUGCGGAUACAAAUGUUGGGAAGAUGCCUGCUACUAAUUACGAAUUGAGGCCGUUAUUAAGCAUGCUUGCCGGCGGCUCAGGAACUGAAUUUGAUUUAAGUGGCAGCAUUCACAAGAUAUUAGAAGAUCGAAAGGAAUUAGGAGAACUCCUUAAAGGUGCUGAUACAACAACAUUAUUAGCAUCUACCAGGAGACAAGCAUUUAAGGACAGCCUAGAACAGAGAAUUCUCAAUGCUGAGGAUAUUGAUGUCUCUUUUGAGGCAUUCCCAUAUUAUUUAAGUGAUACAACAAAGAAUGUGUUGAUUGCUUCUACAUAUAUUCAUUUGAAGUGCAAUGGCUUUGGAAAAUAUGCUUCAGAUCUCCCGUCGGUGUCCCCACGGAUAUUGUUAUCUGGUCCUUCAGGUUCUGAAAUAUAUCAGGAAACUUUGUCCAAGGCACUUGCUAAGCAUUUUGGUGCCAGACUACUGAUUGUGGAUUCACUUUCGCUGCCCGGUGGAACACCAUCGAAGGAAGCUGAUUCUGCCAAAGAAAGUUCAAAGCCUGAAAGGCCAUCUGUUUUGUCUAAGAGAAGUAGCCAGGCUCCUACAUUACAUCAUAGGAAACCCACUUCUAGUGUUGAUGCUGAAAUUAUCGGUGGAUCUACAUUAAGUUCGCAGGCUAUGCUGAAGCAAGAGGUUUCUACUGCAUCAUCAAAAGGCAUUGCUCUUAAAAAAGGUGAUCGAGUAAAAUUUGUUGGUAACUUUCCACCCACUGUCUCAUCACUGCAAAAUUAUUCUUCAAGUGGUAGAGGACCAAGCUAUGGUUUCAGGGGCAAGGUUGUACUUGCUUUUGAAGACAACGAUUCUUCAAAAAUUGGGGUCAGGUUUGAUAAAUCAAUUCCAGAUGGCAAUGACCUUGGGGGCCAUAUAGAAGAUGAUCAUGGGUUCUUUUGUUCUGCAAGCCACUUACAACGGAUAGAGAGUUCAGGAGGGGAUGACGACAAAGUUGCAAUUAAUGAAAUCUUUGAGGUUGCCUCUAAUCAAUGUAAAACUGGUGCACUUGUUUUGUUCAUUAAAGAUAUAGAAAAGGCGAUGGUUGGGAACAAUGAUGUUUUGAAAAGUAAAUUUGAAACCCUACCACAAAAUAUUGUGGUAAUUGGCUCAAAUACUCAGCUGGACAGUCGUAAGGAGAAGAGCCAUCCUGGGGGACUUCUGUUUACAAAGUUUGGGAGCAAUCAGACAGCUCUACUUGAUCUUGCUUUUCCGGAUAACUUUAGCAAACUACAUGAUAGGAGCAAAGAAAGCUCCAAAGUAACGAAGCAACUCAACCGCCUUUUCCCAAACAAAGUGACAAUACAGUUGCCUCAGGAUGAGGCUUUACUUUCGGAUUGGAAGCAGCAGUUAGAUCGUGAUAUUGAAACUAUGAAAGCACAUUCCAAUGUUGUCAUGCUUCGAUCGGUUCUCAAAAGAAUCGGAUGGGAUUGUUCUGACCUUGACACUAUUUGCAUCAAAGAUCAAACCAUGACUACAGAAAAUGUGGAGAAGAUCAUUGGCUGGGCUAUAAGUUAUCAUUUUAUGCAUUCAUUUGAAGCUUCUACCAAAGAAGUAAAGCGUGUGAUAUCUGCAGAAAGCAUUAAGUAUGGGUUAGACAUUCUUCAGGGCGUGCAAAAUGAGAACAAGAGUGUAAAAAAGUCACUGAAGGACGUGGUUACUGAUAAUGAAUUUGAGAAAAAGUUGCUUGGUGAUGUUAUUCCACCAACUGAAAUUGGAGUCACAUUCGAAGAUAUUGGAGCUUUAGAAAAUGUGAAGGAUACCUUGAAGGAAUUGGUCAUGCUUCCUCUUAAAAGACCUGAACUGUUUUGUAAAGGACAACUAACUAAGCCUUGCAAAGGAAUAUUGCUUUUCGGUCCCCCCGGCACAGGAAAAACAAUGCUCGCAAAGGCUGUAGCAACUGAAGCUGGAGCAAAUUUCAUAAACAUUUCAAUGUCAAGUAUUACUUCCAAGUGGUUUGGUGAAGGAGAAAAAUAUGUCAAAGCUGUCUUCUCGCUUGCCAGCAAAAUUGCUCCAAGUGUUAUAUUUGUUGAUGAGGUUGAUAGUAUGUUAGGCAGACGUGAAAACCCCGGUGAGCAUGAGGCUAUGCGUAAAAUGAAGAAUGAGUUUAUGGUUAAUUGGGAUGGUUUGCGUACAAAAGAAAAAGAGCGUAUACUUGUACUUGCUGCAACAAAUAGGCCUUUUGAUCUUGAUGAGGCUGUUAUUAGGAGGCUUCCACGGAGAUUGAUGGUUGAUUUGCCGGAUGCUCCGAAUAGAGGAAAAAUUCUGAGUGUCAUUUUAGCAAAAGAAGAUUUGGCACCCGAUGUUGAUUUGGAAGCAAUAGCAAAUAUGACUGACGGAUACUCUGGAAGUGACCUAAAGAAUCUGUGUGUCACAGCAGCUCACUGCCCAAUUAGGGAGAUCUUGGAAAAGGAAAAGAAGGAAAGAAGCUUAGCAUUGUCAGAGAACAAACCUGAACCUGAAUUGUGUAGUAGUGCAGACAUUCGUCCCUUAAAGAUGGAGGAUUUCAGAUAUGCACAUGAGCAGGUGUGUGCAAGUGUGUCAUCGGAGUCGACAAAUAUGAAUGAACUACAACAAUGGAAUGAUCUUUAUGGAGAAGGCGGAUCUCGAAAAACGAGAUCUUUAAGUUACUUCAUGUAA